CCAGCAAAUAGGUUGUAAUAUUGAUGAAUGACAGCGAGGAGAGGUCAGCAAGAUGAAACGUUAACUCUUGUCUCUGUGCAUCGAUGCUGCCUGACCUGUUGAGUAUUUCUAGCAGUUUUUUUCUCACUUGGCGGGACUAUGAACUCAACGCACCGGUUGAUUCAGUGUGACAGCAGAGGAUGGGGCCGGCCUGUGAUGACUGACAGCGAGCGCCAGGGCAGAGCCGUGUGGAUUGCGGUGGCAGUCGGGCUGAGACGUGGAGGGAAUGGGCGGUGCACUUGCGAUGAGUGACGGCAAGGCCGGGGCGGAGCUCGGGCUGAGUGACAGGUUGGAAAUCACUGCGAAGGAGCGGAGCUGGAAACUUGGGAAAAUUACAUCAAACCAGCUGCUAGAUCUCCAGGAUGCCAUCAACUUGGGUACAUGCUUUUGGUUUCACUAUAUUACCUCACACUGCAGCAAUUAUUGAUCGCUCAUAUCAGGAAGAAAUUACUGGCUGGUAUGCAGGCCUCAAAAAGCCAUCUUGGUGUCCACCUAACUGGGUGUUUGGCCCUAUGUGGGUAACAUUAUACACAGGCAUGGGGUAUGGCUCUUAUCUGGUGUGGAAAGAACUGGGUGGAUUCACUGAUGAGGCUUUGGUUCCACUUGGUUUGUAUGGAACCCAACUUCUUUUCAACUGGGCAUGGAGUCCAAUUUUCUUUAAGGCACACAGAAUCGGACUGGCUUUUGUUGAUUUGCUUUGUGUUUAUGGGGCAGCAGCAGCUACAACUGUGGCUUGGUAUCCCAUCAAUAAAGCAGCUGCCUGCCUAAUGGUUCCUUACUUGGCCUGGUUGACUUUGGCUGCUGCUCUUAACUACCGCAUCUGGAGAGACAACAAGGACAAGGAAAAUUAGUGUUGUUCAUUACUCUGCGAUGUUGAAUUCAGCUUGGUAAAUGGAAGAAAGAACUUUGUACUGCUGUUUCUCAUAUGUAGAGAGUUUUUAAUAUUCUUGCUCAUAGUUCAUACUUGCAUCUCACUUGAUUUGGGUGUUUUAUUGAAAUACUAAUAAUUACAAUUUCUAUGUCGAGAUCCUUCUGUUAAUACCCAUCUCAGUGUUUUCUUUUGCACAAGUCAUGGAAGCCAGAAAAAGCAUUUCAAUAUCAAUAAAAAUUUUCUACAUCA